GUCCCGCACCAUACACUAUUUGAAAGUUUGGAAGAAAACUCAGAUACAACAGAAACUUAUAGUGAUACAGUAUCAGAAAAAUCAGGUAUGGGCUCAUCAUCAAAAUUACCAAGUAUAAACACUGAAGUAUCAUCAAUUGGAGCUCAGUAUGUGAUUAGUGACCUGGAUGAAGUCAAUAAAUUCAAAAUGGAAGGACCCAAAGAUCUCACUUCAU